AUGCAGAAUGAUAACCAGGAGAAGGAACAGGAAAAAGAAUUUAGCUUUGUCGAAUACACCGACGCAAAACUCCCUACCGAUCCAGCCGUCCGCAACGUGAUCCGACGACAUGCUAUGCGAAAUGUGGCCGAAACGCGACGUCAAAGAGAUAACUACGGCAAAAUUGGUACCAGUGGUAUCAAACAACCUCCUAAAUGGAUCUUGAACACAAUUCUAAAAACUUCGGGCUCUGCUCAGUCCUCUUCUUCAUCAGAGGCAGCAUCUGCUAGUCGUGACGAUGCACCAGCGAGCGUUAUUGCUCCCACCAGACGCGAAUAUCCAGCCGGCCCUUCAGCUCCACUGCCAAUGGGCAUUUCAGAAGCUACAUUUGCCGAAAACUUUGCAAUUCUACAUCUGGUAGAGUCACUCGCGGGACUUCAUCUCGGUGUCAAAGCCCAACCAUCUCCCAAUCCGAGACUAGAGUUACAUAAAUCGCAGUUUCCUCAAAGCAAGACUCUACUAUCUUUCAUUCCAUCUCGCUAUGGACACGUUACAUCGUUGACAUGUGCCGUGGAUUGCCUUGCAGCCCGUAUUCGACAGAUCACACUUAAAGACGAUGGCUUCUCAGAGGACUCGGAUUUGGAGGUCUAUCGUCUAUACGACAAAGCCUUAAAGGCUCUUCAGGAAGCACUUAAUGAUGCGGAGGAGUGGAAAACGCCGGAAACACUAUGUGCCGCGGAAUUACUGGGGUUCUUUGAGCUUUUAAAUGGACGGCCAGAAACAGCGCAUUCUUGGACACAACAUGCCGCGGGCGUAGCUCAGCUCAUACAGUAUCAAGGGGCCAGUCACUUCCAGACAGAUUUUGAGUUGGCUCUGAUUGCGGCCUACGUUGGCCCUUUGGUUCAUGAGGCGUUUCUUAACCAUAGGACGUGCUUCUUGGCAGAGGAUGAAUGGAAAAGAGUGAUACGAGAGGCAAUUGGCGGUGGCAAAUCCAACUCAACGGACGAUAAGAAUGCCGUGCUCUCUCUAUGGACGCAUCUUAUAGACGGGCCGAAUCUCUUCAAGAAGAUUACCGAAAUGGUACUAACUCCAGAGGCAGUUCCCGCCAGCGAUAUUCAAGAAGCUGUAGAAGGCCUCAUGGACGAUUUGCAGGAAUUACACGAAUGGCUAGGCAUGAAGUACGACAUUCACAAUACCAAUUAUCCACCACAAAGUACAACCAGCAAUUUCUAUGCGUGGCAUAUGAAUUUCCGACAAUCCAUCAUCAACCUACAACAACAGAGGAACGCUAGCUGGCCAAUCCUGCAAGGAGCAUGCAUAACAUCCUGGCUCACGAGAGUACGCCUUCUCACGGCAUUGGCACCCGCUCGGUUCCACGAUCUGGAGAUGGUGAGCCAAAAGUUCGCUUGGGACAUCAAGAGCUGGAGGACGAAUUCGUCGUCUCUUGUGAACGCCGGCUUGCUGGGCGGCUUGUUCAUGUGGCAGACUGUGUGCGUGGGAAAGGUGAAUUGUAAAACGAAUGCGGUGUGGACUGAUGGAUGGUCUUCGGGAUGGUAUGGGCGAGAUAGAAAACAUGGAGGGAUGAUUGAGAAGGAGAAAUUUAUGGCGUGGUGUGAUACGAUUGGGAUAGAUGUUGGAUGA